AUGGCAUCAGCGAUUUUUAUUUUGGAUUUGAAAGGAAAAGUGUUAAUUUCAAGAAAUUAUCGUGGUGAUAUACCAAUGUCAGCUGUUGAAAAAUUCAUGCCUCUUGUUUUAGAAGCUGAAGAAGAACAACAAGCUCCUACGCCGUUAUUAGCACUAACAAAAAAAAAUUCUAAUGCUAUCACAAUACUAUUGUUUCUUCACAAGUUAACAGAGGUUUUUACAGAAUAUUUUAAGGAAUUAGAAGAAGAAUCUAUUCGUGACAAUUUUGUAAUAAUUUAUGAAUUAUUGGAUGAGAUGAUGGAUUUUGAAUCUCAUAAAUUAGAGAUCCAAGUUAGACCACCAAUGGCUGUUACCAAUGCAGUAUCAUGGCGGUCAGAGGGUAUAAAAUAUAGGAAAAACGAGGUAUUUUUGGACGUGGUUGAGUCAGUGAAUUUAUUGGUCAACACAAAUGGAAAUGUAUUGCGUAGUGAAAUCCUUGGUGCGGUCAAGAUGAAAUGUUAUUUGAGUGGUAUGCCGGAAUUAAGGCUUGGUUUAAAUGAUAAAGUGAUGUUUGAGAAUACUGGAAGAUCUCCAUCAAGAGGAAAAGCUAUCGAAAUGGAAGAUGUUAAAUUUCAUCAAUGUGUUCGUCUUUCAAGAUUUGAAAAUGAUCGUACCAUUUCAUUCAUACCACCUGAUGGUGAAUUUGAAUUGAUGAGUUAUCGUUUAAAUACACAGGUCAAACCAUUAAUUUGGGUUGAAGCUCUCAUAGAGAAUUAUACUGGUUCAAGAAUUGAGUAUAUGAUCAAAGCAAAAGCUCAAUUUAAACGUCGUUCAACCGCAAACAACGUUGAAAUUUCUGUCCCCGUUCCCGACGAUGCUGACUCACCAAAAUUUAGGAGUUCAAUUGGUUCAGUUCAAUAUGCACCAGAAAAGUCAUGUUUAGUAUGGAAAAUUAAACAGUUUCAAGGUGGCAAGGAAUUUUUAAUGAGAGCACAUUUUGGGUUACCCUCUGUUAAAAAUGAGGAUCCUUCUCAAAAACCUCCAAUUGGAGUAAAAUUUGAAAUUCCAUAUUUUACAACUUCAGGAAUUCAAGUGAGAUAUCUUAAAAUUGUUGAAAAAAGUGGAUAUCAAGCAUUACCUUGGGUUAGAUAUAUUACACAGAAUGGAGAAAGUAUUAAAAACAAAUUGACACCAAUUUGA